UGCUGCUUAAUAUGUAUGAGACUGGCAGGCAAGUCACACCCCUCAGUGUGUGGAGCGGCGGGGCUGCCUAUCUCCAGCAAUUAACGACGGAGCGCUAGAUGAUCCUCAUCUACUCCAUGAUGGCGCACUCAGGAGCCGGGGCUGCUUAGUAGUGGCCCCGUGGAAUGCUCGGGAUUCAUCUGUAGAAGCCAAUGCUCGCGCCGGAAGGUUCCGCGUCAAAGUCCAUGGAGCAGCAGGCGGCGGCGGCAGAUGGGAUCGUACCGCUGGGGGAGAAGAAGCGGCCGGGGAUGGAGGGAGGCGCGGCACUUGUGCUGCCCCCGGCUGCGAACUGCCAGAGCGCCAACUCCGUGCUGCUGCUGAGGAGGAGACGGCGGCUGAAGAGGAAUCUGUCAGCGAACCCGCUGGGCACGGCCGCCGCCCCCGGCUCUGCCUCCACCCUGGGGCCCGGCACCCGCAGUCUGGACAGGAAGACCCUGCUGAAGUACCGGCAGUGGGUGCAGCUGCAGCCGCAGGAGAGGGAAUGGGUGCGCGGGGAGCUGCGGAGGGGCUGCCUGCAGAUCUACGAGCGCCACUCGUCCCCCGGCCUCAGGCCGCUGCUCUGCACCCUGGACACCACUGCCGGCGAGGUGGCCGCGCGGCUGCUCCGGCCGGGAGGCGGCUCAUCCGGGGUGCUCCGGGUGCUGGGCCAGGCCCCUGAGGCGGGCACCAGCGACGAGCGGGCUCAAGUGUUCUCGGGCUCUGGGACCUGGGUGGGCACACCUCACAAGCUGAGCCGCCCGGGCACGGACUGCUGGGACACCGAGGAGGCGAAUGGGCUGCACCCGGAGAGCCCUGCUGUGUGCCAGGGACUGGAGCUCUUUCACUGCGGGGCCGCGUCUUCCUCCUCCUCCUCCUCUGUGGAAGAGCUGAGCGCGGAGCCGCCGCCUGCCGUCACCGUCCCUGCCCGGAGCCAUGGCCAGCCGCAGGGCGCCCUGUACGUGCAGCUCCACGGGGAGAGCAGCCGCCGGCUGGAGCCGCACGAGAAGCCGCUGCUGGUGCAGAACGAUUACCUCUUCCAGCUGGGCUUCCGAGACUUGUGCCGGGUGCAGGAGGAGGGCAUGGAGCCCGAGAUCGGCUGCCUCAUCCGCUUCUACGCAGGAGAGCCUAAUGGAACCAGCAUGUCUGAUAGGACUCAACUUUCUGGAACAUACAACGUACGGAAAGGAAAGAUGCAGUUACCUGUAAACCGAUGGACAAGACGGCAAGUUAUCCUUUGUGGAACCUGUCUAAUUGUGUCGUCGGUCAAGGAAAGCCAGGCUGGAAAGAUGCACGUUCUACCUCUGAUAGGCGGAAAGGUUGAAGAAGUUAAGAAACACCAGCACUGUUUGGCAUUCAGUUCAUCUGGUCCUCAGAGUCAGACGUACUAUGUUUGUUUUGAUACAUUCACAGACUACUUGAGGUGGCUUCGGCAAGGGUCCAAGAUUGCAUCUCAGCGUAUCAGCUCUGUAGACCUGUCGUGUUGCAACUUGGAGCACCUCCCUGAGAAUCUUUUCUACAGUCAAGAUCUUACACAUCUCAACCUGAAGCAGAAUGCGCUCAGACUUAAUCCUGACCCUGCCAUUGAAGGAACACUUGAUGACCUUCACAGGUUUUCAAAGUUAAAGAGCCUCAAUCUUUCCAACAAUAAUUUAGGUGACUUUCCCCUGGCUGUUUGUGACAUCCCCACUCUGAUGGAACUAAACCUUUCCUGCAAUGGUCUUCGGGCCAUACCUCCAGCAGUGAGAGAGAUGAAAAACCUGCAAACCUUUCUUCUGGAUGGUAACUACCUCCAAACGCUGCCUACUGAACUGGGAAACUUGAGUCAGCUCAGCUACUUGGGUCUCUCCUUCAACGAGUUCACAGAAAUCCCUGAGGUGCUGGAGAAGAUGGCUGCCAUGGAUAAACUGUGCAUGCCAGGAAAUUCUCUGCGUGUGUUAAAUUUGAAGUCUCUCAGAAGAAUGCCUCAGGUCAAACAUGUGGAUCUGAGGUUGAAUAAGAUCAAACACUUGUCGAUAGAUGAAAUCGACUUUGUGCCUCAUGUGACACAGCUGGAUAUUCGCGAUAACAAGAUGACAGAUCUUGAUGUGACUUCUCUAAGCAACCUAGAAGUGCUGCACUGUGAGAGAAACCAUUUGACCUCCCUUAAAAUGAGUGGUUAUUAUCUGAAGGCUCUGUACACAUCAUCUAAUGCACUUGCACAUCUAGAUGUUUAUCCGGACCCUUGUAACCUAUCAUUCAUGGAUGUUUCCAGGAAUUGCCUGGAUUGCCUACCUGAUUGGGUUUGUGAGAGCAAAAACCUUGAGGUCCUGGAUGUCGGUCACAAUCACCUGACUGCGCUUCCUGCCCGGUUAUUCUGUGCUAAAGGUCUGCGGAAGUUGCUUGCCGGGUAUAAUAGACUGAAUCGUCUUCCUGAGUGUAUUGAACGCACCCAACUUGAGGUACUGGACGUGCAGCAUAAUCUGCUCCUUGAGCUCCCAGUCAACUUACUGUUGAAGUCAGACAGUUUGAGAUGCCUGAAUGCUUCGGCCAACAAUCUUGAAGUGCUUCCUGCUGCUUGUCUUUCUGAGGAAUCCCAGAGCUCACUGCAAGAGUUAUAUGUGACCAAUAAUAACCUUACUGAUAAAUGUGUGCCUCUGUUAACGGGACAUCCCCACCUGAAGAUCCUGCACAUGGCCUUCAAUCAUCUACAGACCUUUCCAGCAAGUAAAAUGGCCAAACUGGAAGAGCUGGAAGAGAUAGAUAUCAGUGGGAAUAAGCUGAAAGCCAUUCCAACCACUAUCAUGAACUGCAGACGUAUGCAUACAGUCAUUGCCCACUCCAAUUGCUUGGAAGUCUUCCCUGAAGUUAUGCAACUCUCUGAGAUCAAGUGCGUGGACUUGAGUUGUAAUGAACUGACUGAAAUUACUUUACCUGAGAACCUCCCUCCCAAAUUGCAUGAACUGGACCUGACUGGCAACGCACGGCUGCUGCUGGACCACAAAACCCUGGAGCUGCUCAACAGUAACAUUCGAUGUUUUAAAGUGGACCAGCCGUCUUGUGGAUUCUCUGCCAGUGAAGCCUCUGGAGCGCCUGCUGUAUGGAGUCAUGGAUACACAGAAGCUUCCGGAACCAAGAAUAAGCUGUGUGUAGCUUCCCUCUUGGUCAACAACUUCUGUGACAACCGAGAAGCAGUAUAUGGGGUUUUUGAUGGAGAACGCAAUGUGGAAGUACCCAGUUUGCUUCAGUGCACCAUGUGCGAUAUCUUAGCUGAUGAACUGCAAAAAACCAAGAGCGAGGAGGAGUACAUGGGGAACACCUUCCUCGUAAUGCAGAGGAAGCUGGGUACUGCUGGCCAGAAGCUUGGAGGCUCUGCUGUUCUAUGCCACAUAAAGCAUGAUCCCAUGGACCCAGGGGGUUGUUUUACACUGACCUCUGCCAAUGUGGGCAAAUGCCAAACUGUGCUUUGCAGAAACGGGGAGCCACUCAACCUUUCCAAGGUGUACACUGCUAGCUGCGAUGAAGAACUGAUGCGCUUGAAGCAGCAUAAGGCAAUUAUCACAGAGGAUGGUAAAGUUAAUGGAGUGACUGACUGCACACGCAUCUUGGGGUAUACUUUCCUCCAUCCUAGUGCUACUCCACGACCCCAUGUACAAUCUGUUGCCCUCACACCUCAAGAUGAGUUCUUCAUACUUGGAAGCAAAGGUUUAUGGGAUAGCAUUUCAGAGGAAGAGGCUGUUGAGACCAUACGGAAUGUGCCAGAUGCUUUGGCAGCUUCUAAGAAGUUGUGCAGUCUAGCUCAAAGUUAUGGAUGCAGUGGGAGCUUGUGUGCAGUAGUUGUACAGCUGAAUGUCACCGAAGAUUGCUUCUGCUGUUGUGAACUCAAUGGUGGCAUUCCUCCCCCUAGUCCUGGCAUCUUUACACCUUCUGUCAAUGUUGUUAUUAAGGACAGAGCUCCAGAAAGUUUAGGCAUGCCAUCUUCUAGCAGUGGCCUAGCCUCAGAAAUAAGCAGUGAAAUCUCAACCUCAGAGAUGAGCAGUGAAGUGGGGUCUACAGCCUCUGAUGAACCUCCUGCAGUUUCUCUUCAUGAGAAUGGAGUUGGCACUGGAGGUUGCCCCAGUGAGCAGCGAUGUACACUACAUCCUGUUUGCCUUUCUAGUUCCUUCCAACGUCAGCUGUCUAGUGCCACUUUCUCCAGUGCCUUCUCCGACAAUGGUCUUGACAGUGAAGAUGAGGAACCCAUUGAAGGUGUCUUCUCUAAUGGCAGUAGAGUUGAGGUGGAAGUAGAUAUUCACUGCUCCCGUUCCAAGAAUGGUGGAUUACCUGCACCUAUACCUGUACAAGAACCUAGCGAUGAGGGCAUUGUUAUAAGCGCCAAUGAAGAUGACCUUGUUACAUUAAAUAAGAAACAAGACUUUUCCUCCAAUACACUUGGUCGUCAAAGAAGAGCAAAUGGGUCAGUGGCACCUUCUGAAAAGAGUCACAACUUGAUUGAAAUUGCUGCAGAUGCACCAUUGCGAAAGACAGGUGGUUAUUUUGCAGCACCUGCCCAGCCAGAUCCAGAUGAUCAGUUUAUUAUACCUCCUGAACUUGAGGAGGAAGUUAAGGAGAUUAUGAAGCAACAUCAGGAGCAGCAGCAGCUGCAGCUUCAGCAACACAGGCAGUAUCAAAUGGACCAGUUACCAGACUACUAUGACACACCACUAUGACACUUUCAUUCCUCAUUGAAAACGUUUUAAUUGGACUCCUUGAGCUUCCCUUGCUGUCCCAGUGAUCUGGGGGAAAAAGCAGAUUUUUAGGUACUACUUAUUUUCCUCCAAGCAUCUUUGCCCAACUUUCUUUUAAACCUUAGUAACCACCCAAUUCUCACUCCUCCACCAUUUCAUCACGUACUUACAGUGCACCCCUUUUCUUUAUACUAACCACCAGCUUUCCUCUCCAGACGCUUUAACAACCAUCUUUUAAUCACGGUUUUCCACAACAUAUCAUGUUUAAGGAAAUUAGUUUGAAGAUGAUGAUUUUGAUGAAAAAAAUUUAAUAUAUUGCAGAGAAACAAAUAAUACAGAUUUGUAAUAUUUUUAAUAAAAGAAUUAGUUUUGUUUAUUUCAAAAGAAAAAAAGAAAAAAACAAGACUUAUAACACAAAUUUCCUUUUGGAAGUGAAGAUAUGAACUGACUGCUGUUGGGAUGAGAGGGACCGUGGGAAGUGCUAGACGUUUGUAGAUCAAUAUGACUUUAACUCUUAGGAGUUGCUUACUCUUUCCGGUGACCUUAAAUCACGGAGUUUCACUAAUUUUCUCUGAGAGAACAGUUGAUUAGGAAAUUGGCUUUUUCAGUGCUGGAAGAACCUGUCCGGUAAAACAUGGCAGCUUCUCCUAGUAGUUGAAGGGUCAGUGUAUAUAGCGUAUGUAUUGUAUAGUAUUCAUAAUGAUACACCGUGUGGUGCCGCAGCCAUCAGAAGGGUGUUUUUGCUAGAUUUCUGCACCAGGAGUAUCUUUCUCAGCUGAUGUGUGCAUUAUUGGGGAAAUUAAUAUAUUUUUUAGCUUUGAGAAGACACAACCAGCAUAAAAUUGCUACAAAUUGAAGGUGUUUUUAUAUCGAUCAAGCUCACAGUUCAGUUUAGUGGCUGUGGGGAAAAAUAAUGUGAUUUCUUUUUUUUUCUGGAGAAAAAAAAUAAAAUGAACAAUAUCCGCCAGACCAUAUUUUCCCUCCUGUGUUCUGUAUUGCUGCAACCACAAUCCAGCAUGAUUGUACAAAGCUCAUGUAGAUUCAGCUUACCAAGAGUUAUAUCAAUGCUGAAUGCACAAAUGCAAAUGUCAUCAUUUUUGGUAUAAUAAACAUCAGACUUUGCAAGUAA